AUCUUUUUAACCUUGUUAUCAUGUCAGAAAGUUUGAAUCUUGUUGUCUCUUGAAUCAAGAAAAUGUUGCUAAGGAGUUCUUCAACACCACUUCUUGGAUCUUUACACUCAGAGAGUCCCAACAGUCAUCACCAUCAUCAUCAGUCUGAUUUAACCCCAAAUCACACACCCAAUUCCAUUCACCAUAGUUAUAGCAAACUCUCAUGUAGCCAUGGUGGAUAUCAGAAUUUCAAUAGAAGUUUAUACCCUUCUAACUCUCCAAUCUCUCCUUCAUUUUCUGAGAUCAGCAAUGGCAACAAAUUCCCAUCUCAUGGUUUUAGAAGAGCUCAAUCUGAAGGGAACUUGGAAGGAUUAGUAAAAGUUUCAACUGAUGAAGUAGUUGAUGAAUUUACCCUCUCUAAACCAACCAAGACGUUUUCACGUAAACCCCCAAAAUCAUUCUUGGAAACCAUUCCAUCUUUCUCCAUUCACAAUUCAAGGGAGCUUCAUUCAGACGACGAUGACAGUGAUGAGAGAGAUGACUUUGAUUGCAUCAGUGGACAGUACAGUUUGGGAAUGAAUGCUGUAAAAGGGGAAAUGAGUUAUGUGAGUCGAAAUUCGAAGAUAGAAAUAGUUGAAGGCAGAGAAGAGAUGUUCCUAGCAAGAGGACUUGGGGUUGCUGAUAUUGGUUGCUCUGAUGAUGGUGGUUGUGGCAUAGGAGGUGGAGGAGGUGGUAUUUAUCGCCCAGUAGCGUUCGAUAGGGAUGGUGGUGACAGCCAGGGACUACAUAUAGAAGAGCAUUACAAAAACAUGAUAGAAGAGAAUCCUGGCAAUUCCUUAUUCUUGAGGAAUUAUGCCAACUUUUUAUACAAAACAAAGAAAGAUCUUAAAGGGGCAGAGGAAUACUACUCAAGAGCUAUUUUAGCAGAUCCAAGUGAUGGUGAAGUUCUUUCACAAUAUGCUAAGCUUAUAUGGGAGCUUCACCGUGAUACAGAUAGAGCCACGAGCUAUUUCGAAAGAGCAGUCCAAGCAGCCUCUAGUGACAGUCACAUACAUGCUGCUUAUGCUAAUUUCCUCUGGGAGAUAGAAGAUGAGGAAGAUGAGAAUGAUGAAACGCAAACGCAACCAAUGGUGCAUACUGUAGCCACGGCUUCUAUAACUGUUUGACUUGAAAGUACAUUAUCUUUUGUUGAAAUAUUUGCAGCAGAGUUAGUAGAAGUGUAGCAAGCAAUUAGGAAGAACCUGUAAUUUAGCAUAUAGUUAGUAAUAAAACUGAUGCACAGGACUUCUCUUUUUCUCAUACUUCUAUGAUUGAAUGACUAACCCUUAAAUAA